AUGCAGACGCAUUAUUACCGCUCUCCGGCUAGCCCAAAUCAUCAGAGUGGUCGUUAUGAGUUACCUCCAGUACAGUCAGUGACCUCUCCUUCUGGUCCUUUCCCACAGGGAACUUCCGCGGGGUUGUGUUCCGCUCCGCCGAGCAGGCCCGGCAGCGGACUGAGAAUGGCUCAGCUGUUACAGCCUUUGGGACAACCACCCUCGACAACUUCAACAUACACUCGUUCCUAUGAGUCUAGCGGUUCCCCCGCCGAAGUUCCUCCAAUCCGUUCGGAUGUCUCUUCGCUCAAUGGAUCUGUAUCUGGGGGCUCAACUCUUCCACCUGCAUCUGCGGUGGGGCAGCAGCAGCAGCAGCCACCACCACCACCACCACCGCAGCAACAUCAUCAUAGUCACCACCAUCAACAGGGUCAUCUACAUCAGAAAAGGGCGUAUCGCCAAAGGCGGAAGGAUCCGAGCUGCGAUGCUUGUCGCGAGCGGAAAGUUAAGCUUUCAUCGACCAAACAGCAACUUCAGCAACUGCGAGCGGGUAUGCUGAGGUCUGAUAAUCUUAUGGAUUUGGAAAUCGAUGGCACUGGACAACCGCAAUUGAAGCUGCCGGACAUCGGGUAUCGUCCCUCCAGAAGACCAAAAGCGCCAGUGUUGCAGGAUCUCAGCGAGGCUCGAGUCAAUCUGCGAAAGUACGGACGAGGGAUUCUCAAGGUACCUAGCCCGUAUCGUCAGCCCGGCCCUAAGUCGCUUUUAACUGCUGAUCCACCUCGACUCCCUCCGAAAGACGUCGCGAAUCACCUCCUCGCACAGUAUUAUUCGUGCAUUCAUUGUGUUCUACCAAUCAUCCACUGGCCCAGCUUCAUGGUUGAAUACGAGAAUGUAUACCGCAAUGGAUCCCUUGUGGGUGUUCCUCGGGAAUGGGCCGCAGUUCUCUUCGGUGUGUUUGCCUGCGGAUCUCUGCACACAUUGGAUCGGAAUAGAGAAGAGGAGGGGAAAGAGUUCAUCAAAACCUCUUGCGGGGUCAUUGAUGUCUGGCAAGAUAACUUCACACUUGAUCAAGCCAGAUGUGCCCUCUUGGUCAGUAUAUUUCUUUACGAAGUCAAUUCGAAAUCAGCGAGCUGGGUAUGGAUUGGAUCUGCGGUGAGGAUUGCGCAGGAGUUAGGCCUCCAUAUUGAAUCCGGUCCGUGGCCAGUUGUUGAGAGGGAAAUGAGAAGACGUGUGUGGUGGGGGAUGUACGCGUGGGACAGGCUUCUUGCGCUGGAGAUGGGGAAGCCGGUUUUGAUCAACGACCAAGAUUGCGACGUUGAUCUUCCUUGUCCGUUUGACGAGCAAUACAUAGCAGAGGGUGCUUGCGUACCCGAAGGCCAGCAGACCACUCCACUUCUGGCCACCAUCCACGUCGUCCGCUCCAUUGGCCAGUUGACUCGGACGUUACGAAGCUACAGCGUUUCCACCGGAACUCUUGAGACUUUUGAACGACACUUCAGCGCUUGCCUUGCAACCUUUCCUCCCCAAUACCAUCCGAAGUCCGAUUUACCCCUCGAUCCGCGCUCUCUUGCCCCGAUUGGCUACCUUCAGAACGCUCGCCUCAUUCUCCACCGUCAUAACAUAUCUCCCUUUUGCUCUCCCGACGUACGAUCGGCGGCUUUGGAUUACAGCAUUUCAAUAGCAAAAGAUACUGCCCAUCUCCUUUCCCGUUGCAUGCGCUAUGCCUCGAGUACAGGGAACGAUGACUGGCGGCCAUUAUUUGCAUCAUCGGCCGGGACGAUGCUAUGUACACAUAUUUGGCGUUGUUCGCUCUUGCUUUUGUUUCGCCAGGAAUUUGCUGCGGCAUUGGUGUGUGUUCAGGCUAGCGCUGUGGUGGGGGAUUCGCACACCGUCAACGCAGCCUGUGGACGGUACAUCGCCUUCUUCCUCAGAUGCCUGCUGGAACGGUUGCGCCGGGGCGAUGCAGCCAUUCUGGAGCGGGACGAAGAAAUGAUGGCGUAUGUGUCCGGUGACAUGCAAGGAACCAGUGACGGCAGCUGGGUAUGGGAAGGCAGUGAGACCGGUUCUCAGCUAGAGGCCAUGUCCCCAAAAUACGACAGCCCAGCAUCGUUCACCCACGCAGUUGCCCGGAAUGGUUGGCCUCACGGUGAAGGUUCAGAGAUUGCUUGGGAGGGCUGGGAGUGGGUCGAGCGAACGGUCGAAUAUCUCUUGAAGGAGAAGCAGCAGCAGCAGCAGCAGCAAGAGUACGAGCGGCGGGAUGUUCCACUGGCGGCGAAGCCAACCGAGCCGGCACUUCUCAAAACGGAGCAAACAGAGCCAGCACCAGCGAAAGAAAUGAACUCGGUUCAGUCACGGAUGACGAUUGCGAGCAUCAUCUGA